CCGGAGAAAGUGCAGGAAACAAAUAUUAUUAUAAACAAUUAACGAAAUAUGACGAAAGAACAAUGCUCAUUUAUUGUGGACAUUUUUAGCAAUCGUAAUCCAAGUAGUAGUAUUAAUUACUCACCUCCCUUAAGCCCCAACCGUGUGCCUCUCUCAUUCUCAUUUCACCACGUCUUUCUGGAACUCUAUAAGUACAUUUUUCCAGUCUCUCCAAAACAGAGUGUAGGAAAAACAAAAACAUGAGUUUUUCCUUAGAGAAAACAUAUGACGAUGCGAAAUUCGACGAUGACGGUCGUCCCAAAAGAACUGGUAACAUAAAUUGCUAAAUUUCAUCAAUUUUCCAACUUUCCCUCCAAUGUGUUUCAACUGGAAUGAACACACUGUGGUUUUUUUUUUUUUUUUUUUAAGUUAAUUUUGAUUUUUUUAUUUUUUAUUUUUUGUGUUUGUGGGAAAUCCCAAAGGAACUCUGGGGACUGCGAGUGCUCAUAUCAUAACAACGGUAAUUGGGUCGGGAGUGCUGUCAUUGGCCUGGGUGACUGCUCAAUUGGGUUGGAUUGCCGGCCCAGUUGCGCUGAUGGCGUUUUCCGUCAUCACAUGGUUUACCUCUGUUCUUCUUGCCGAUUGUUAUCGGUCUCCUGAUAUUAUAACUGGCCGCCGGAACUACACCUACAUGGAUGCCGUUAGAGCCAAUUUGGGGGGAAUGUAUGUCCCAUUAUGUGGAGUAGCUCAAUAUGCAACGUUAGUAGGUGCUACCAUUGGAUAUACAAUCACUGGCUCUAUCAGCAUGGUGGCGGUGAAAAGAUCCAAUUGCUUCCACAAACACCAUACUCGUGAAGGAUGCCACAUUUCCUACAACGGUUUUAUCAUCCUAUUUGGUUUGAUCGAAGUAGUUCUCAGCCAGAUUCCCAACUUUCACAAACUUUCUGUGCUGUCCAUCAUCGCUGCGGCUAUGUCUUUUGCUUACUCUUCUAUUGGCCUCGGCCUCUCCAUUGCCCACGUCGCAGGUGGAGCUCGUCCGACGACAAGUAUCACAGGAAUACCAGUUGGAAAUGGAGUGACCGGCACUGACAAAAUGUUCAACACAUUUUCAGCCCUAGGAAAUGCUGCAUUUGCCUAUGCCUUUUCUUUAGUCCUUGUUGAGAUACAGGAUACCCUCAAGUCCAGCCCUCCGGAAAACAAAGUUAUGAAAAAGGCUGCGUUCAUUGGAAUUUCAAUCUCUACAAUGUUCUACAUGCUUUGCGGGAUCAUGGGCUAUGCUGCUUUUGGAAACGAUGCACCGGGAAACAUAUUGACGGGAUUCGGUUUCUUUGAGCCCUUUUGGCUCAUUGAUGUGGCUAACAUCUGCAUUAUGAUACAUCUUGUCGGCGCCUUCCAGGUAUUGUGUCAACCAGUCUACGCAUUUGUGGAAGAAUGGAGCAAAAAGAAAUGGCCAGAAAGCGAAUUUGUGACGAAAGAGUACUUGUUCGACUUGCCUUGGGCAGGCAUUUCGAGUUUCAGCAUCUUCAGAUUGGUAUGGAGAACGGCGUACGUUGUAUUCACAGUGAUAGUAGCCAUGAUCUUCCCCAAUUUCAAUGAUGUUGUGGGGCUUGUCGGCGCGAUUUCAUUCUGGCCGCUGACCAUAUUUUUCCCGAUUGAGAUGUACAUUGCUCAAGCGAAGUUACGCAGGUUUUCAUUCACCUGGAUUUGGAUGCAAAUAUUGAGCUUUGCAUGCUUGAUCAUCUCAUUGCUUGCUGCUGCUGGAUCUAUCAAUGGCCUUAUUAAGGAUCUUCCCACCUUGAAGCCCUUCAAAUCCAUGUCCUAAUUAACAAAUCAAAGCUCUAUGUCCCAAUUGAUCAAAUUGAUGAUGAUGAUGAUGUGUUGUGGUGGAUCAGAAAUUUAGAACAGAACUGAUUAUGUGACGUGUUUUAUAAUUGUCGUGUAGGUUUGCAAGCUCAUGAAUCUAUGCACCCAUUGAGAGAUUAGACAGAUUUCCUUUUGGCAAUGGUUGCUAUUCAUUUUGCUAAAACUGUUUUUGCAGUCAGAAGUUUGUCCUUUUUUAACUGUGGUUAAAAGGUUACGUUUCGCCCAAAAAUGGUGAAACUUCAUUGACGACUAUUGGCAAUAUUAAGUGGUUGCGACUAGUCAAAAUGGUCAAAAUGGGCAAUUUUAAGUGGUUGUGACUAAUUAAGUGUGAUCAAAUUGACCGACUGAUUAAUUAGCUACAUGAAAG